AUGUAUUCCCUUUAGAAAUUGGUUCCUAAUAAUAAAAUUCAAAUUUAACCUGGAGCAUUCUCAUAACAUCAGAAAUUAAAUAAGAGUGUUGAUGGUAUACUACCAGUUAAUUAAAAAUCAAUAUAAUAACUUUAAAGUUAAAUCUCAAUAGUCAACAAAAAAGAAACUAAAAAAUAAUUAAAUAAAAAAUAAGAACUAUUAUAAAUACUAGAAAAUGCAUAAGUUAAUUAAGGAUAAACGAAAUCAAUAUCACCAAAUAUAACACCUCAAAAAUAAAAAAGUAACAGAAAAUUGAAUUUUAAUCAUAUUACUGAAUAAGAUGCACUCUUUCUUAAUACAAGUAAUGCAAUGGCCAAUAUGAUUAUUGAAAAUAUACUUAAUAAAGAUGAAUAUUAUGAAAAAAUUCGUUAAGAAAAUCAAGAAUUAAAAGAAUAAUCCAUAAUAUUGUAAUUAGCUCUUAAUGAAUUGACAAAGAAAUUUUAAAUAUUAGAAUCAACAAAUAAAGAUCUCAAUUAAAAUCUAUAAAAUGAACGUAAAAUAUAUCAGAAUCAAUUAAUUAAUAUAAAUGAUUAAAUUUAAUAGAUGAAACCUUUAAAAUUUAAUCUUUAAAUGGAAUAAAAGAAAACUGAAUCAUUAAAUAAACAAUUAUAAGAUUAAAUUGCAAUUAAUAAUGGAUUAAAAUCAUUUAUUUGUGAUAAUUGUUUAAUCUGCAUAGAAUUUCUAUCCUUUUUUUAGAAAAUUGUAGAACAUUUUAAACCUUAAAUGUUAUUUGCAUAUGAAUCUCUUAUCUAAAUAUCAAAACAUUCAACUGCAUUUAUUUUAGAUUUCAUUUCUAAAACAUAAAAUCUCAAUUUACCUGCUCUCAGAAAUUGUUAAUUACCAGAAGAAUUUGAUGUUAAUGGAUUCUUUUUAAAUGUUGAAUCUUUAAAAUUUAAUGAAUCAUCUGAAAUAUCCUUCAGAAAUAAAAGUAAUAAUAAUUCAAAACAUAAUAUUAUAAUAACAAAUCACACACCUCCUCUUAAUGAAUCUCCUAAGCCUAUGAGAAAUGUAUUAUUACAAGAACAAUUUAAUUAAUUUAUAAACAUUAAUGAUCCUUAAGUGGGUAGUCCUUAUUUUACAGAUCUAGGAUUAGUAGACAAAUAAGGAGUAUUAAAUAAAAAAAUUUAUUAAUUGUAAUUAAAUGCAGCUAAAACAGUCAAUUAAGAAACUAGUGAAAAUUCUCAUUAUUUUCAAUCAUUUAAAUAAAAUAAUGAUAAUGAAACCACCCAAAUGGAUUAGUAAAUAUUAAGAGAAUAGGAUAAAUAAUCAAAAAGAAAUAAGGAAAAUUCAUAGUCUAAUUAUUAAUAUGUAAUUGCAAAAUAUGACUAUAAAGCAUAGAAAGUAAAGAUAUUUAAUGAUUUUUAUAGGAUUAAGAUUUAAGCUUUAAGAAAGAAGAUUAAAUAAAACUAUUAAAGAAAACAACAAAUGGAUGGUGGUAUGGAGAAGAUAAGAAUUAAGUCAAAGGAUACUUUCCACACAAUUUUGUUUAAUCACUAGGAUGA